UAUGCAACACUUUGAGUCUCGCAAAGCAAAAGACGUGUUUUAAUGUUCGCUCCUUUCAUUCGUAUUUCCACGCGGUAUUUUACUUUAACGAGUUUACAAAGUGCUGAAAGAAAUUUGUGUAAUUACCUGCAAAAAGUUAGUGAAACGCAUCAAACUUUUGUCUGUGGUAAAAGAGCAUUUACACAAUUUAAAAAGAUGGUAAAACAAGGUCCACGCCCCCUCGUCAUUUGCGGUCCCUCAGGAUCAGGCAAAAGUACCCUUUUGAAACGCUUAUUCAAAGAAUUUCCCGAAACUUUCGGCUUCAGUGUGUCACACACGACCCGCAAACCGCGUCCCGGAGAGGAAAAUGCUGUACACUACCAUUUUGUGAGCGUCGAAGAUAUGCAACAUGCCAUCGAGAAUGGAGAAUUUAUCGAAACGGCGGUUUUCAGUGGAAAUAUGUAUGGCACAAGCAAACGUGCAGUAGAAAAUGUCCAAAAACAAGGAAAGGUCUGUGUACUUGAUAUUGAGAUCGAAGGCGUAAAACAAGUACGAAACAGCACACUCAACCCCCUUUUGGUAUUUAUCAAUCCCCCAUCUAUCGAAGAGUUGGAACGUCGCCUCCGUGGUCGUAACACAGAGACAGAAGAAUCUUUACAAAAGCGUCUUAACACAGCCAAAUGCGAAAUUCAAUACGGAAACACUCCCGGAAACUUUGACGUUAUCAUUCACAACGUCACCCUCAAAAAGGCAUAUCAAGAACUUCGGGACUUUAUUGUGAAGGAGUUGGAAACACAACGUGAUGAAGAUGACUUUGAACAGGCGACACCGCAAAUAAUAAAUCCUUACAAAAUAUAAGAUGCUGCAGCCCGUUCGUACGGAACAUCUGAAAAAAACUCAAAAAAAUAAUCAAAACAUGUUUCAAUUUGGAAACUUUUUUAAAAGAAAAUAAUUGCUACUAUGAAGUAAUGAACUAUAUACACAUAUUAAAAAAAAAAUAGGAAAAAUUUACAAAGAACUUGAAAAGGUUUCUUUUUCUACUUAAAAAAAAAUAAUAUUUAAUUUUUUGUUUCGUUUUUUACUACACAACUAAUUAUAUAAGAUUCUUACUCUAAGGCCUGAGUAGAAUGAAUGCGUUUUAAAAAAAAUUUGAAGUACAAUGUGAAUGGUGAUAGGGACUUCAUUGUUCAAAAAGUAUUAAUCAAAUAAUGAAAAGCAACAAAAAUUUUCCAUAUUAUAAUUUUAAACCAUUUUUAUACACAACCAAUUAGAUAAGUUUAGUUUUCACAUAAAUUAUAAACAAAAAAAAUAAAACUUUAUUAUUAAGGAAGCAAAUGUUGGACGAAAUUUCUGUAAUUUCUCACAAAUUAUAAAAAAUAAGUAGAAUAAAUAGAAAAAAAAAUAUUGUUAAUGUUUGAGUCAUACUGUUUGACAAAUAACGGAGAAAUAUUCUGUACAAUACCAAAUAUGUCAAUAAAGAGGAAAAACAAA